AUGGGACAACAAGAGUCGGUGCCGGCCUCACCCCUCGACUGCCUGCUGAAGAAUUUUUCUGAUUUCCAGAGGCGAGCCCGAGAUUAUGGUGGUCUACCAUUAGAUUCUGAGUUCCUGCAGACGCUAAGCCAAUUAGAAUGGCCCACCUUUGAUGUGGGAUGGCCCUCGGAGGGUACUUUUGAUCUGCCUAUCUUGUUUGCAGUGUGGGCCACAGUAUACAGGGUUCCCCAUCCCGACCAAUUCGUUUAUAUUGAUGUUUGGGUAGACAUCGCAACAGAAAGGCCUGGAUACAUAAAGAAGUGCCUGUGCGGGAGCCAGCGGGGGAGGCGGGCAAUUUGCCUGGCCACACCUAAAAAUAGGGGAAAGGGAAAAGACACAGCACCCGCCCCAGAACCUCCCCGAGCUCAGCCUAGGUUGUACCCAGUUUUGUCCGGUCCACCGGAGGACCAUCUAGACCCAGUAAAUGCACCUUCUCCUUACCCUCGUAGGGAGGAGGAGCCAGAUUCCUCUCUGCCAGGGAUCCACGGACUUGUGAGCCUGCCACACACUCGGGGAGGGGCCAUUUACUCGGCGGGAAAGGCCACCAUUUUGCCUGGGGAAGGGGGCAGGGCGCUUUUGCCUGCCGUGGGAAGGGCUGCCGUCUUGCCUCUUCGGGAGGCGCCCCUAGCGCCGGAUGCUCCGUCGCAGAAGUCGGCAGCGGCAGAGUCUUCGUCAGGUCGCCUCACCUUAUUUUCCUAUCAGCAGAUGGAAAGGAAGGGCCGGCAGUGGGUAGCUGCUGAAAUUCAGUGCGCUCGUUGUGAAAGAAGGGUAACUAGAGCUUCUGGUCACCACAACGAACUUCAAUGUGGACAUGGUUUUUGUGAACUAUGUUUAUUAGUAACUGAAGAAUACAACACAAUUAUAUGCCCUGCUUGUGAGGUUGCUACAACUGUAAAUAUGAGACAAGGAGACUACCAAUUAGAUGGAUAUGUUAAAGAAUAUUCUUUCAUGGACAAACUGCAGCCUAAAAAGAUAAAGAAUUCUUCUCAGGACUUGAAAAAGACGACUGAUAAGCUAACUAUUGGUUUAGAACAUUCGCCAUCCACACACAGGACUCUUUUGACUUCGUCAGUUGUAAUGGCGGAGACUAAAACUGCAGAAGAAAUUGAUGAAGCACUAAAGACAGCAGGCAAUAAUUUUGAGCAAUUAAGUAUUGCUGUAAAAGUCCUCGAACACAUACACAGUCAAACAGAAGAGGAGACAGACAGUCUUUUAGAGGAUCUGGGAAAACAAUUUGAUCGACUUUUUACUUUUCUUGAUUCCAGGAAAAAGAACUUGUGUGAAGAAGUAGUAAGAAAUACAGAUGAUUAUUUAUCAAACAUAAUAAUGGCUAAAAACUGCAUUGAAGAGAAAAAAAAUGAUUUGGAUGCAGCUAUGAAGAUAGCAAGAGAGUUAAAAUCAGCACCUUCGCUAAGGACUUAUUGUGACCUGAAUCAGAUUAUCCGGACUUUGAAGUUAACAUUUGAGAGUGAGUUGUCACAAGUUAGCACUCUAAAACUAAGGAACUCUCUCAGGUUGAAUAUGAGUUGCAGUGAGAUCAUCUCUGUGUUCAACAAUAUGAUAAAGAUUAACUUUGAGGACUCAACAAAAUGUGAUCCCCAGGAAAAUGAAAUUGGCCGGAAUGUUCAAAAUAAUCAUGAAAAGGAAUUUUCUUGUGAUACAUUCCCAUCACCAGGAAAAAAAAAGGUUGACGUGUCUGUCUUGACUAAUGAAGCCCCUCCAACUCCUUUAAAAUCAGAAACCAGUGAUAUGUAUUUGGAAGCAAAAAACAUCCAAGCACAGAAAGAGGUGGUUGUAACAACCCCUAAAACCAUUGCUAUUCUACCUAAGGUGGGAUCUAGCCCUGAUGUGAUCAUUGAAGAAAUUAUUGAAGAAAAUCCAGAAAAUGAUCUUAUGGAGACACCUACUUAUCCAAACAAGCCUCCUCAGAAAAAAUCAUCUAUUCCUUUUGGAUCAAAAGCAGGUUCUCCAGAGCUUGUUUUUGUAAGUCAUGUAAUACACCCUUGCCACUUCUACAUUCGGAAGUAUUCACAAAUAAAUGAUGCAACAGUGUUGGAAAAGAUGGUGAAUCAGUUCUGCAAUAAGAGUUUGCACCUUGACCCUUCAGAUAUCUUGGAGCUAGGUGCAACAGUAUUUGUCAGCAGUAUUGAAAAUGGAAUGUGGUGUCGAGGAAUUAUUACUGAAUUAAUUCCAAUAGAAAAGGAAAACGUUAGAAAAUAUUGUAGUCCAACCAAAUUCUCAGUAUGUGAAGUUGCACUAAUACAAAUAUUUAUGGUAGAUUUUGGAAAUUCUGAAGUCCUAAUUGUUACAGGAAUUGGUGAUAACCAUGUGAGAUCAGAACACAUUGCUGAGCAACGUGUAGUACUAAAUGACUUAUGUCUGGCCCUAAGGAAGUCUGAACCAUAUAUUGAAGGGCUGCUGAAAGACGUCCAGCCAUUAGCACAACCAUGCUCAUUGAAGGACAUUGUUCCACAGAAUUCAAAUGAAGCAUGGGGAGAAGAAGCUAAAGUCGAGUUUUUGAAAAUGGUAAACAACAAGGCUGUUUUAAUGAAAGUUUUUGGAGAAGAAGAUGGUGUGCUUAUUGUAGAUCUGCAGAAACCACCAACAAAUAAAAUAAGCAGUGACAUGCCUGUGUCUCUUAGAGAUGCAUUAGUUUUUAUGGAACUGGCCAGGUUUAGGUCAAACUCACCAGGAAGUCAUUGUGAAAAAAAUACGAUUUUACACUAUCAUCCACCUAUUUUGCCUAAAGAAAUGAUGGAUGCUUCAGUAAUGGUUUGUCAUAUAAAUAGUCCUUCUGAUUUCUAUCUUCAGUUGGUAAGGAGCCUGGAUUUUUUAUUUCUAUUAAAAAGAAUCGAAGAUUUUUAUAAAAGUGAAGAUGGGGAAAAUCUGGAAAUCCUCUGUCCAGUUCAAGACCAAGCCUGUGUAGCCAAAUUUGAAGAUGGAGUUUGGUACCGAGCAAAAGUUAUUGGAUUGCCUGGACAUCGUGAAGUUGAAGUUAAAUAUGUGGACUUUGGCAAUACUGCAAAAAUAACACUUAAAGAAAUGCGUAAAAUAAAGGAUGAGUUUCUGAAUCCCCCAGAGAAGGCAAUUAAAUGUAAGCUGGCCUAUAUUGAACCAUGUAAAGGGACAUUGCAGUGGUCGAAAAAAGCUAAAGAAAAAUUUGAAGAAAAAACUCAAGAUAAAUUUAUGACAUGUUCAGUCAUUAAAAUUCUGGAAGAUAAUGUGCUCUUAGUUGAGCUUUUCGACUCUCUUGGUGCUCCUGGAAUGACUCCUACUAGUAUUAAUGACCUGCUGGUCAAAGAGGGCCUAGCAUCUCAUGAAGUAGGAUACACUAUCAAAGAUAAUUCCAAAAAGUAUACUGAAGUGUGGGAUCCUUCUCCAGAAGAAAUUAUUUCAAAGGAAGUAAACAGCUUAAAUUCUGUGUCUGCAAAAUCUCUACCUAAUGAGAAUCUUCAGUCACUUUAUGAUAAGGAACUGCCUGUGCAUAUCUGUAAUGUAAUAUCUCCUGAGAAGAUUUAUGUUCAGUGGUUAUUAACAGAAAACUUACUUAAUAGUUUAGAAGAACAGAUGGUAGCUGCUUAUGAAAAUUCAAAAUGGGAACCUAUUAAAUGGGAAAAUGAUAUGCACUGUGCUGUUAAGAUUCCAGAUAACAAUCUGUGGCGAAGAGGCCAGAUCAUCAGGAUGGUUACAGAAACAUUGGUAGAGGUCUUGCUAUAUGAUGUGGGUGUUGAACUAGUAGUGAAUGUUAACUGUUUACGAGAACUUCAAGAAAACCUAAAGACAAUGGGAAGAUUAUCUUUGGAGUGCUCUCUUGUUGAUAUAAGACCAACUGGUGGGAGUGACAAGUGGACAGCGACAGCUUGUGACUGUCUUUCAUUGUAUCUAACUGGAGCUGUAGCAACUAUAAUUUUGCAGGAAAACAACAUGGUAUGGCCAUUACCAGUGAAAAUUUUCUGCAAAGAUGAAAAAGGAGAGCGUGUUGAUGUCUCUAAAUAUCUGAUUAGAAAGGGUUUGGCUUUGAGAGAAAGGAGAAUUAAUAAGUUAGACAACAGCCAUUCAUUAUCUGAGAAGCCCCUCGAAAUCCUCCUGAAACAAGAAGAUUCAGUGGUUACUAAGAAUAUUAAAAUUAACUUUGACUCUGACAAAAAAGCUUCUGAUAUUAUCAGUGAACACAAGGUAUCUGAAUUUAAGGAGAAAAUUAUAGAACCAAGAACCCCUGGAUGCUAUAAACCACCAGUUAUUCCCAACAUGAAAGUAUUUGAGGCAGUAGUUAGCUGCAUCGGUGAUGAUGGAACUGUAUUUGUGGUGCCUAAAUUGUCAGAAUUUGAGCUAAUAAAAAUGAUGAAUGAAAUUCAAAGUAAUUUAAAAUGCCUUGGUCUUUUGGAGCCUUAUUUCUGGAAAAAGGGAGAAGCCUGUGCAGUGAGAGGAUCAGACACUAUGUGGUAUAGAGGCAAGGUAAUCGAAGUCGUUGGCGGCACUAUCAGGGUACAAUAUUUAGAUCAUGGACUCACUGAGAAGAUCCCGCAGUGCCAUCUUUACCCUAUUUUGCUAUAUCCUGACACACCCCAGUUUUGCAUCCCUUGUCAGCUCUAUCGUACUAUACCUGUUGGGGGUAUCUGGCAACCAGAUGCAAUAGAACUCCUUCAGGAACUGCUUUCAAAGAGAGAGGUGGAAAUUCAUGUUAUGGAAUUACCUGUAAAUCCAUGGGAGAAAUUAUCUGUUCAUCUCUAUUUUGAUGGAAUGUCACUUUCUUAUUUUAUGGCACACCAUAAAUAUUGUACUUUUGAACAUUCUGAGGAGAUACUGAAAGAAAAACCAACAGAUUACAGUAAAAAAUAUGAGGAAAGAUGGGAAAUAAGAUUUGAGGAAUUGCUUUUGUCUGAAACAGAAACCCCUAUCUUACCACCGUAUUUGCCUUCACCUCUGCCUCCUCCAGGAGAACUCUAUGCUGUUCAAGUUAAGCACGUGGUCUCGCCUAAUGAGGUAUAUAUUUGCCUUGAUUCUGUAGAAAAGUGUAAUCUCUGUAACCAGCAUAGUGAUACAGAUGGCAGUGGAGUCAGCUGGGAAUCUGAGUCUGAGAGCCUCAGUGAAGCUCUGCAGAGGCUCAACACUAAUGUGGAGACUCUCCUGCCUCUGACGGACUUCAGAACAGAAAUGCCUUGCCUUGCAGAAUACAAUGAUAGAUUAUGGUAUAGAGCAAAGAUUGUUUCCAUUAAAGAAUUUAACCCGGUAGCCAUCCUGGUUCAAUUUGUGGAUUACGGGUCAACUGAAAAGCUGACAAUAAACAGACUACGUCAGAUUCCUCUUCACCUUAUGCAGUAUCCAGCCCAAGCCAUAAAGGUUCUACUGGCAGGGUUUAAACCUCCCUUAAAAGAUUUAGGAAAGACAAGAAUACCAUAUUGUCCCAAGUGGAGUAUGGAAGCAUUGUGGGCUAUGAUAGACUGUCUUCAAGGAAAACAACUUUAUGCUUCUUCCAUGGCUCAGGAACCAGAACAAAUUGUGACAUUAUAUGAAGAUGAACAGUAUCCAGUUCAUAUGUCAUUAGUAGAAAUGGGGCUUGCAGAACAAGAUGAAUGA